GUUGUUUGAGGAAGAAGUCUAAAAAGAUUACUAUUGUCGUUUACUGUCGGGAAUAUGCCUCUAUGUACUCAUUCUGACGACCGAGUUUUCCUUUGAGACACGUUAAAUGUCACACUGUGGUACCAGGAAGGAAUUUAACAGUCAAGGACAGUGAAAUAGCUCACCAUGCUGCCUGAGUUGCUUUUUAUUAUUUUAGCAUCAUGUUCCAUUUCAGAGACAAAGAGAAGAAACGUACUUCUAAUAAUUGCUGAUGAUGCCGGUUUUGAAACAGAAGUUUAUAACAACUCUGUGGUCCAUACCCCCCACCUGCGCUCUCUGGCCCAGCGCAGCGUGGUGUUCAGCAACGCCUUCACGUCUGUCAGCAGCUGCUCCCCCAGCCGCUCCGCCAUCCUCACCGGCCUGCCACAGCAUCAGAACGGUAUGUACGGCCUUCAUCAAGGAGUCCAUCACUUCAACUCGUUUGAUGAAGUUCAAAGUCUGCCGCUGCUCCUCAGACAGGCCAACGUACACACAGGUAUCAUUGGAAAGAAGCAUGUUGGUCCUGGGCCUGUUUACCCUUUUGAUUUUGCCUACACAGAGGAAAACAGCUCCGUCCUCCAGGUGGGAAGGAACAUCACCCGUAUCAAACUCCUGGUCCGCAAAUUUUUCCAGACCCAUAAAGAGGAAGCAUUUGAACGAAGACAAAAGAGAGAAGUGAAAAAAAGGAAUGCAGGCAAUUUAAAAGAGGAAGAAAGGCCGUUUUUUCUCUAUGUUGCCUUCCACGACACCCACAGAUGUGGACAUUCACAGCCCCAGUAUGGAGCUUUCUGUGAGAAGUUUGGGAAUGGUGAAAUGGGGAUGGGCAGAAUCCCUGACUGGAUCCCAGAACAUUACACACCAGAGCAAGUGAAGGUUCCUCCUUUUGUCCCAGACACUCCUGCAGCACGAGCAGACUUGGCUGCACAGUACACCACAGUUAGCAGGCUGGAUCAGGGCAUUGGGUUAGUUCUUCAAGAGCUCAGAGAAGCCGGUUAUGAGAACGACACGCUGAUCAUCUACAGCUCAGAUAACGGCAUCCCCUUCCCGAAUGGCAGAACCAACCUGUAUCAGUCCGGCACAGUGGAGCCCAUGCUGGUGUCAUCUCCAGAGCACAGGGAGCGGUGGGGAGACACCAGCCAGGCCUACGUCAGCCUGCUGGACAUCACUCCCACCAUUCUGGACUGGUUCUCUGUUCCCUACCCGUCCUACAGUCUCCCUGGCAGCCCUGCCACCCCAGUCCACCUCACCGGGCGCUCCUUGCUGCCUGCUCUGGUUACCGAGCCCGGCAGCUGGCACACAGUCUACUCCAGCCAGUCCCUGCACGAGGUGACCAUGUACUACCCGAUUCGCUCCAUCCACCAGGGGGCCUACCGCCUUCUCCACAACCUACACUACCGCAUGCCCUUCCCCAUCGAUCAGGAUCUGUAUGUGUCACCCACCUUUCAGGACCUGCUGAACCGCACCAGUCUGAGUCAGCCGACGCACUGGUUCAAAACCCUGGAGCAGUAUUACUACAGAGAGCGCUGGGAGCUGUUCGACACCAGGACAGACCCACUUGAAACAAGAAACCUGGUGUCAGACCCGUCCUACAGCGCUGUGCUGGAGAGCCUGAGGCAGCAUCUGCAGAAGUGGCAGUGGGAAACAGGAGACCCGUGGGUCUGCGGACCAGACUAUGUCCUGGAGGACAAACUCGAGCCUCACUGCAGACCCCUUUACAAUGGACUCUGAUGCACCCUAAUGGUGCUUUCACUCAUCUUGAUUGACAUGAUGUCUGCACGCAUCUGGGCAUUUAGCUUGUAAAAUACAUUUACUUGUUUUGAUAUUUGUUGUAUUUUAGUCCAGAAAUAAACAUAAUUUAAAUCCA